ACUGGUCUGAGAUGAUCCAAACUGGUUUAGGCUUUUUCCAAACUGGUCAGAGACAGUCCAAACUGGUCUGAGCUGAGUUGCAAACUGGUCAAAGACAGUUCAAAGUGGUCUGAGCUGGGUUCCAAACUGGUGUGCUGAGCAGGAAGUGGUCUGGAUGGAUGGUUUCCAGGCAUAUGGGUCAGGAAAGGCGGGAGGUGCUUUUGACCCCCUGACCUUCUUCAGACAACCUCAGACAGUGGUGAGGAUCCUUUGCUGGUUGUUCUCCAUCGUGAUCCUCGGCUGUGUUGCUAAUGAGGGUUAUACUAACCGUCCUGAGGAGGUCGAAGAGUUCUGUAUUUUUAACCGCAACCAGAACGUCUGCAACUAUGCCGUUGCCAUGGGAACGCUUUGUUUUCUCUGCAGCAGUGCUUUCCUUGCACUGGAUGUCUACUUUCCUCAGAUAAGUGGGGUGAAGGACAGAAAGAAGGCAGUCAUGGCAGAUAUUGCUGUCUCAGCUGUCUGGUCCGUGGUCUGGUUCCUGGGUUUCUGUUUUCUGGCCAAUCAGUGGCAGGUUUCUAAAGUAGAGGAUAACCCUCUAAAUGAAGGAGCCGAUGCUGCAAGAGCUGCAAUUGUCUUCUGCUUUUUCUCUGUUUUUUCCUGGGGCGGUCUCACUGUGCUGUCCAUGGAACGUCUGAAAAGAGUCUCAUUUGAAGAGGAGUACAACAAACUUUUCAGCCCUCCAAUCGCUUGAGACACACUUCACAAAUGAAAAUGCAAAAACCCUUCACCUUUCUCCCUUAGCCUAUCAGAGACAAGCAUUCCUGUGCCUCAUGGGUUUUC